AUGCGGAAGACCGACCCGGCGAUAGAAGGAGAAGAAAUACGAGGUGCAGAAGUGUCAUCCUCCGCCGUGAUUGCAUUUUGCGUGGUAAUAACCACGAGCCACGCACUUUGUCCACGCACAUGUCUAUGGUGUAAUUGUACCUUUCCUCCCAACGCACCCAACCCAAACCUAAACCCUAAGUUGCACAAAACACAUGAACGUGAUACUGCAAACUUCCCCUCUGAUAAAGGCGCUGUGUCCAUAUCAUCUCAGCACAACCACAUCUCCAACACCAACACGACUUUUGCCACCUCGGGAGCCCAGAGCCAGUACCACCGGCUCUCCAACAACACCAAGACCUUCACUCGAGACUCCCCCUACCAUUCGCGAACCCCUUCAGUGGAUGACGACGGAAUAAGACAAGCAUCGUUUCUCAACCGAGUCUACCAGUCCUCCAAGUCCUACAGUCCCCGAUUCCGCUACGGAGCAGAGAUAGUCGAACGGUGGGCAAGUUCUGAAAACACCAACGCAGCAACACCUUCGGCGUCAACCACAAACAGCAACAACAGCAACCACAGCAACACGCCUGUUUCAACCACACCCUCAAGCACAACCAUGCCCAAGGCUCUGUCUUCAAAGUCGCUGGACGCCGCCAGCAUCCACAUGGCAUCGAACGGUGCGCCUCCACUGAUACAAAAGUCGUCGUUGCACGACUUUGAGCGCCUUAAAUCGGGAAUUGACGACAUUCAAAACUCAGACACCAACGGUACCCAGUACAGUGUCGAUGUCGGCUCCCAGGGCCUGCGCAUGCGUAUCCAGACCCAAGGGUACGCCCCCAGCGGCAACAGCAACAGAGGCAGCCCCGUGCCACCGUCACCGGCGCUGUCCACGUCGACCUCCUCGGGCUCCACUUCUGCUGCAGCCUCCAGAUCCACCUCGUCUCCUGUGCCACAACAACCUCAGACAGCUGCCACAGCUGCAGGAGGACCUCGACCCGGACAACCUCGGUCGGCAUGGCAGGAGGUGCUGAUCAGCGCCACGUCGCUGGCAUCAUUGUCGCAGGACUCGCGAAAGCGACUGCGAUACUGUCUGCAUCUCCUUAAGCUCGCCAACGCCCAUCUGGCUUCCACCGUCACAAAGCUGCAAGGCGCCAUUGCCGAGGAGACUGCAUACAGUCUCGCGCAGUCCAUUGCCGCCAACCAUGUGCCUCACAACGAGCGACAGGCGUACCUGCAUCAGCCUCCCUCCGCUGAGCCUGCUCUCUCCAUCACCGCUCUCAAGGCCGAUGUCGUGUCCACGAUCCGCAAGAUCAUCAAGGUUGUCAGCCAGUACGCCGGCAACAGUCUACCCGAGCCGGCUCGGUCGCACAUCCGGACAUACAUUCUUGGCCUGCCCUCUCGGUGGGCCUCUACCACCGCUUCCACUAACAUCACCCCAACCCGGUCUCCUGCCGGUUCCCAGUCUCCUGUGGGCUCUCCUAAGGAGUGUGUCACACCUGACCACCAGGGUCCUCCUCUUCCCACAAACACAGUGUCGUCUCCAGUGCCCGAGGGCCCUUCUGACGAGCAGUUGUCGCGGCAUCGAAUCGAGGUUGAGGCUGGAGGCAAGGUGUUGAUUCUUGCCAACGAGGCUCUCGAUAUGCUGGGCAACAUCAUCAGUAUUGUGGAUGGCACCCUGGAGCGUGCCGAGGGUUGGUGCGAGGGCAUCAACCGGGUCAAGCAGAGAGUUGGGCUCGGUGAAACCGCUCCUGGCGCAGCUGGGGAACCUGGAGCCUCCACCGAGGCUUCUGCUGAGGCUUCUGCUGAGGCUUCUGCCAGUGCCGCCGCUGCGUACUCUGCUGUUGAUACCUCCACGGACCAGGACGUUGAGAUGGGAGAUGCCUAA